UCAUCGCAGGGUGGCAUACCGGGAAAUGCAUGAGCUCCGAAGACGGCAGAUCUGCCCCCACCGUUACCGCCAGCAACGAGCUUUUUCCAUUUCUUCCUGUCUUUAAUUUUUGUUUUUAUUAGCCCCGCGCCCGCCGCAGCUCCCGCCGUGUCCCCGCUCCUACCUCCGCCCGGUCUCCUCCCCUCGCCUCCCGCGCCGCAAUAUGGCGGCGCCCGCGCAGCACCGCCCCGCGGCCCCCCCGCCCGCCGCUCCCGCCGCUCCGCUCCCGCCCGAGCGGCUCCGCGGCCUGAGGAGCGGCCCCUCUCCUGCCCUGCGGCCCUCGCCAUGACCCAGCAGGAGAAGGCAGAGUGGGAAAACCUAAACAGGAUAUUAAUGCGUCAUGGGUUGAAACCUGUGAGUCUUGCUGCCCCCCAAAGCUGCAGAGAUACAUCAGAUAUGAUUGUCCUAGACCAUGAGUCUUCUCAAGGAAUAAGACUUGCGUUAAAAACGCUGGUGGAAGACAUUGAGCGACAGCAGAAAGUAAUGCAGGGACUUAUGGAGGCAAAUCGAUGUCUUAGAGAUGUGGUACGACUGGAACAAGGUCGGGCAUCUCGGCAAGAGCAACGGGCUAAUGAUUUGGAAAAUGUGGUGAAAAACAUUAAGGCCAAAAUUUGUCAGCUGGAAGAUGAAACAAUAGCUAAAGCAUGCCAGCAACAGAGCCAAGUCAAGGAACUUCAAAAAGAGCAACAGGCUUCACGGGUGAAAUACCAACAGCAGCAGGAAAAGCUGCAAGAACAGGAAGAGAUCAUUGCCCGCUUGCAGAAGGAGCUCAGCAGAGUUGGGAGGGAGGAGCAGCAGCGAGCUGACACUCAAAACAAAAUGUUUUGUCAGUUUUGCAAAAGAGCUCCCAAGUCUGUCCUGGAUCAGCGGUACCUUUGUCUAAUUGACUAUUAUGAAUCUCAAAUUAGUCAGAUUAAAAAGGAGCUGAGGCAAUAUAAAAAAGAUGAAGAUGAGGUGCAGAGAGAAGUAAAAACCAAGGAAGAGUUCUUAAAUCUAGAUGCUACUCCUAAUUACAAAGCACUGCUCAUGGUAUGGAACUGCCAAGAAUAAGUCAGUGCAGAUCUCUCAAUGGUAACCCUUCAAGAGCCACAUAGAAACAUAAACAUGUUUGUUUUCUGUCUCUUGUUCUUGUCAUGUCUUCUGAACUUGUAACCU